CUCAAGAAAAAUAACUGUCCAGAAUCAAAGCCAUUGAGAAGACGAGGCCAGAGGAUGAUAAGGUCAUCUGCAAUACUGAUGGAGAUCUCUCUAGAUCAAUGAGAGAAGAACCACCGACCCACUACACUUUCAGAAUCAAUCAAUUUUCACUGUUUGAAAAGUUUUCUAAAGAAAGAUGUCGUUCGCAGUCAUUUGGUGCGGGUGGCUACAGAUGGAGACUGAUUCUCUACCCAAAUGGGAAUGACAAGGGGAAAGGUUCUCACUUGUCGCUCUACUUGAAAAUAGAAGAUACUACUUCUCUUCCCCUAGGUUGGGAGGUCCAGGUGGUUUUUCGCUUCUUUGCAUUUGACCAAAUUCGGGGCCAAUAUCUGAUGUUUGAAGAAACUCAAGGGAAGCGUUUUCAUGCAAUGAAAACCGAAUGGGGAUCUGACGAGUUCAUCCCACUCAGAGUGUUCAAGAACCAAUCUUAUGGAUAUCUUGUUAAUGAUACAAGCAUGUUAGGAGCAGAGAUAUUCAUUUUUGGAGAGAGUAGAACAGGACAAAGUUCAUCAGAUUGUUUAGUGAAGGAUACCAUGAAGGUAAGGGCAGUGUUUUCACCAGCCUUAGCUGGUCCAAAAUGCAUGAUAUUUGUAUUUUCAUCUGGUAAAGCAUCCAGUGUAUGUUGA